AUGUACAAAUCAAACGAAUCAAACGACGCGGUACAGUCAAAGCCCGCCAAUGUCGAUGUGAGGCUAUUCCUACAGAAAACCCUCCACCCGCUCUUAGCCUUUAAGGAACCCAGCAUUCCUGAAUCGAUCCUAAUCGAGUACCGUGCCACCGUCGUGCCCCUCGACUUUGAUACUGGUGCGCCGCGCAACGGCGCUCCCGCCCUUCUUGGUCUAAUGGACAGGGAAGCGCUGAGGCGCGCUCUUGACGAGCUAAAGCCCUGGAUCGCGCAGGACAAGUAUGAUUAUGAAGCGGGGGACGGGACAAGUCCGUCCCGUUGCCAUCACAACGGCUACUUCCUCGCAAAUAUUGUUGCAGCUUAUUUGCAGAAUAACCAGGACCCGCGCUCUCACGACACUCUGCAAGACAGAACUUGCUGGCAAUGGGGCGGCGGCGAGGGUACCGAUCGUUACCUACACAACUACCACGAUGACUACACUUGGACACCUGGCUCCUUCUUUUUAAAUCUACUACCCUCCAAGCCUCGCGAGACGCUUCCCGAUCCCCGCAAGCCACAUGUCAUCCACCAUGUCAUCGACUCGACGCCGUGGAAGCCGGGUACGCUCCGAACUAGCGAGUUCAAGUCCAUUGUCUUUAUCGCGGCCGCCAACAAGCUCAAGGCUGCCUACAAGGACCUCGACUACUUUGGCGUGACGGUUGUUUCCUUCUUCAAUUGGGAGGUCCGCAUCGUGCAGGGCCUGGUCAAUUUCAAGACGCGUGGCGUGGACAUUCGUGUCUCGCCCGCUCAGAGCUUUCGCGAUGGCUUCCGCAAUCAAGAUGGCUCGAUUGACCCCCGCUUCCUGACGCUUCUGGCCUACAACCUUGGCGAAGUCCUCCCUUUGGCCAAAUAG